AUGAUUUCGUUCAUAAUUCGCAGCGCUUUUUUCAUCCCAGCCUUCGAUUCCGCUGAUGAAACAAGAACUCACCUCAUUGAAAACCUAAGAAUAAUUUCUAAUGGAACAAAAGAUUUCCGCAACGUUGAUGCUCAAGAACUACCUGGUCAGAUCUUGGUAAAAGAAAACUCAAACUACGAGCUCGUGGAAAUCGGGAAUUUUGUGUCGAGAUGUCGAGUUUUAUGGAAAUGA